AUGAUAAACUAUGACGUAAAAUUCCUGACAUGUGAUGACACGGUACACAUCAAAAACAACGACUUUAAAAGUUUCAAAUAUGAAACUAAGAAAAGAGUAGAUGAGACGAUUUAUGAUUCUGGUAAACGCAGCUAUUGUGAAAAACGGGGUAGUGUGUGGCGGGCCGCGCACCCUCGCCAAGUGCGUCAAUUGGAGUCCAAACUUAGAGACAGGAGCAUCAUCACCUGUGAAUGGACCACCGACACCCUGAUCACCUUAGUCUUCUCUUCAGGAGUUAUAGCCUACCUCACUGUGAAACAAAACACUCUCGAUGUCUCUCAAAUACUUUUUGACAGAUAUUUUGUGGGAAAACUCUCCGGACAGUCCAUCACCAAUGUGGCACUAUCAAAGUCUUACAUAUUAGUAACACACAGUGAUCGCACAGCAACCCUAGUGACAUUUGGCAAAAAGAACAACAGUCUCCCGUGUCGGAUCACUGACAGAGACCCACAUGUACAGAACAUAGAACUAGGGGGCAGUAGUCGUAGAACAGAAAGGCACAUAUCAAGCAAUGAAGGUGCUAAUGGGGCGCGGGUACUCGUGUGGAGCGUCACUGUCGCGGAGCCAGCGCCCUGGAGCCCCGUGCUGGAAGACCAUGCUAACCUACAUCUGUAUACAAUUAAUGGGAAUAACAUCAAUCUCACAGCAUAUCACCAAUUGGAGAAUGAAACUUUGUCUGCAGAGCUAUCCAAUAAGGGAGAAAAUGUGGUUCAUAUUGUAGAACAAGUUACAUGUCAUAAGAAUGGUGUCAACUUAGACUGGCUACGAUAUGAAGUGAGUCCCGAAGAUCGUGCGACCAAAUUAUCGAGUGGCCGCGACAGUGCGACACAUGUGUCGUUGUCUACAGCCGUGCGGGUCGUACGACGGUCUCCCUGCGACACGCGACUAUUAAUCGCAUGUAUCGACGGCUCAUUACAUGUCGUGCAUUGUGUAGCUGGCCUUACACAUACUACUAGAGCUGGAUUUAUAGCGACAGAGGUCCGAUGGGCAGACGAGCUGAUCAUAGCGGCAGAAGAAGGCGGGAGAUUACAGUGCUUUGACCGCGCCCUCUCUCUACUGCACCACCACUCUAAAUGCUUGGAACUCACUUCAUACUUUCGGGAAUCUCGACGGAUGCAUUUACUAGCUUCAAGGACUGCUAAAGGCGGUCCCAUACUACUUGCGAAUUUCUCUGGCGGGCCACUCACUCUUUUACACAUUAUGCAUCCAAAACUAUUAACGGCAUGGAUCCGUAACAAGCGUCCAUCGCACGCAGUGUCGUUGCUCCGCGCCAUGGACUGGGAGCGCGAGGGCACGGAGUGUCUGUGGGCUGUCAACAUGCUCGUCUGUGCUGCCUUGAGGAACAAAACUGAGGCAGGUAGCAGUGAGGCAGUAGCCCAGGGUGCGCUGGGCGCGUUCCUCAGUCCGGCCGCGCCGCACCCGGCCGCCGCCGCGCCCUACCAUCCCCCUGUACACGACCUCGCCAGGAAGUUCUUCCAUCAUUUACUACGUCGCGGUCGUAUAGAGAAGGCACUGAGCCUGGCCGUGGACCUGUCGUGCUGGGACCUGUUCAGUGACGCGCGCUGGGCCGCCGCCCGCCGCGCGCUGUCUGCACUCGCUACUGAGGCUGCUUCACUCGCACUGCAUUAUGCUGACCUAGACCAUGGAUCAGAAUGUUCAGAAUCGUGUUCGAGCUGCAGUUCUCACUCUUACACCGGAUCUGAAGAGGAACCGAGUGUGACGUCAGAGCUUGUCAAAACAAAACCACCGCCAUUACCUCGCGUUUCAAUACCUAACCAUCCCACACUCAUGCAGGUGCCAAUCACACACACAGAGACCAUGUCCACCAAUAGCAUACGACCAAACCUCCAUCAGUAUUUAGAAAGAGACAACACUAUAUGGACCACAGACGUACGCGACGAUACUUACUCAAGAACUCAAUACGAUGAUUAUACAAAACCUAUACGGAACUCGCAGAACGUACGAUGGCAUAGUAUGGACGUACUAUCAAACUAUAAUAGUUCUAAACACAAACUAUUGACUAUAAACGAGGCUCCCGUCAAACCAACUCACGCAGUUUUAGACUUACUACCUCGGCAACAUGACGACAGAUUAUCAACCACUCACUACAAACACUUAUACCAAACUGAACUAAGAGAGGAAACUCCGAACACCCUGUAUCGUUACCAAAAUAAUAAUAAUUACCAUCCUAGUACGAGCUUGAAAGAGAGAACGUAUAGAAUUGAUACUGAUUCAGAAAAGCAAGGAAAUCGGACCGGAGAAAGGAAUAAAGUUAAAUUCUCAGAUACCGUUACCAUAGCUGUAGUUUCAGAACCGCGCGUAUCCCCGGAGCCAGCCCGCGAGUUAGCGGCCAGUCUCCCUCUGUGCCCCCCCCACAAGUACCUGUCCGCGUUCACCCCGCAGCAGGCCGCGCCCGCGCCCGCCGCCGCCCCCGCCGAAAACGCAACGCAAAAGCCGCCGAAAAUCAAAGUUGUACAUUUCGGCAUGGUAUAG